AUGACCUCCUAUGGCAUCGACGGUGAGGUUGAGCAACGCUACCGCAUUCUCCGCCACAUCGGCAGCGGCGCCUACGGAAUCGUCUGGUGUGCCCUCGACCGCCGCACGGGCAAGUGCGUUGCCCUCAAAAAGGUCUACGAUGCCUUUGGCAACGUUCAAGAUGCGCAGCGCACCUAUCGGGAAGUGAUGCUUUUGCAGCGACUGCGGCACAACCCCUUCAUCGUCGGCAUCCUCGACGUGAUUCGUGCGGCCAACGACAUUGACCUGUACCUCGUUUUUGAGUUGAUAGAGGCCGAUCUCACAGCCAUUAUCCGUAAAAACCUUCUGCAGCGCGAUCACAAGCGCUUCCUCACCUAUCAGUUACUUCGCACAGUGGCGCAGCUUCACGCACAGAACAUCAUUCACCGGGAUUUGAAGCCGGCCAACGUAUUUGUGAGCAGCGACUGCUCGAUCAAGCUAGGGGACUUUGGUCUGGCUCGCACGUUUCGCAGCGGCUUCGACAACGAGCAGGAGUUUCUCGACCUGACCGACUACAUCGCAACUCGGUGGUACCGGUCGCCGGAGAUUUUGGUCAAGUCGCGCGCGUACUCCACAGCGAUGGACAUGUGGGCCGUCGGGUGUGUGAUUGGGGAGAUGCUGCUGGGCCACCCACUCUUCGAGGGCCGCAACACGCUGGAUCAACUCCGCCUGAUCGUCGAGGCUAUCGGCGUGCCGAGCGACGCAGACGUGCGCAGCCUUCACUCGCCCGAGCUCGAGACUCUCAUUAACUCCCUUCCGACCCCGCUGAUCUUCUCUCCACUUGUGGGGAACAAGAGCCUGAAGGAUAGCGAGGCGACAGACUUAAUGAUGAAGCUCAUCGUUUUCAAUCCAAAGAGACGGCUUUCCGCGGUGGAGGCGCUGCAGCACCCCUACGUCGCCCCGUUUCUGCAGCCUGGUGAGCUGGAGAAGAUCCAAGGCCUCCACCCACUCGUGCUGCCCCUCGUGGAUGAGAAGAUCUACACCAAGGAAGAGUACAAGGCGAAUCUGUACGACGAGAUCGGCAUGCGCUACCGCCAUCACAUAACAGACGUUUAUUAG